UUGAUCUUGUGUGUCGUAUCUGACCUUUGGAGCGCAAGCUGCAGUCUCGGUCUCAGUUCUAAUUGGCGCGCAUCUAGCGAUGGAGGCGGGGCUGCUUAUUAACCACGCCCCAAUUUAGUCGGGCGUUUAACGAUUACGUCAUUCGAAAACCCAUCCUGUCAUGUCCUACAGUUUGGUUCUCUAUCUCUCUCCAAAGACACAAGUGGUAGAUAUUCGGCAAGAGGCGGGCGGCCAUGAAUCUCUCGCAGGCGGUGAAGCAGUAUGUGACUCAAAUGAUAAAGGACAGCGGCGCCGGGAUGAAGGUCUUGGUCAUGGACAAGGAGACGAUAUCGGUGGUGAGUAUGGUGUACUCCCAGUCAGAGAUUCUCCAGAAAGAGGUCUACCUGUUUGAGCUGCUCACCAACAAAGGGAGGGAGUCAAUGAAACACUCAAUGCCAUCUGCUUCCUCAGACCCACCCAGGAUAACAUUGAAUGUCUAUUUCUCCAACAUGCUGGACCGACGUGCCCUCAAGACCAUUGCUGACGCAGACCAACUUGAGUCUGUUAGAGAAAUGAAGGAGUUCUAUGCAGACUAUCUGGCAGUAGGUCCUCACCUGUUCUCACUGAGUCAGCCAGUGUGCUGUGAUCCUGGCAUGAUAUGGAAGAGAGAAAUCUACGUGAGGAUCUGCGACGGUCUCACUUCCGUUCUCUUGGCUCUGAGGAAGAAACCACUUAUCAGGUGAGGUAUAUAGUGGCUGGGGUUAGGGAAUGUUUUCCAUUCCUUACUCCAGCUAUAGUCAUAGUUGGUUUGUCUUUUCUUUCUCUCAUGUUCUUUAAAGAAAUGCAAAACCGUUAAAGGCGAAUGAAAGAAAGGAAUUAAUAUAGAUAAAGCUUCAGUAAAAUAAGUUGUCUGUGGUAAGAAGAUAUGGAUUGUAAAGACGAUAUAUUCCCUUUCCUCCAAUGUCUGCAAGAGAUUGGCUGAUGAGCUACAUAGGACGGUUGCUAGGGAACGAGAACUGUUUGAUUUCUCUCACGACGUUCCUCCCAUUCUCCUCAUCCUGGAUCGCCGUGACGACCCCAUCACCCCCCUACUCAACCAGUGGACCUGCUAUUUCAAUCCACUCAGUGGACCUACCAGUAGAUUGCUAUUCAAUCCACUCAGUGGACCUACCAGUAGAUUGCCAUUCAAUCCACUCAGUGGACCUACCAGUAGAUUGCCAUUCAAUCCACUCAGUGGACCUACCAGUAGAUUGCCAUUCAAUCCACCCAGUGGACCUACCAGUAGAUUGCUAUUCAAUCCACUCAGUGGACCUGCUAUUCAAUCCACUCAGUGGACCUACCAGGCAAUGGUACACGAGCUCCUGGGAAUAAAGAACCACAGAGUCGACCUGUCUGGAGUUGCUGGCAUCAGAGACAUGCAGAGCCCUGCUCUCAGUCAUGUGACUCUCUCCUCACAGGAGGUGGUUUUGUCUCCAGAGCACGACGAGUUCUUCAGAGAGAACAUGUACCUCAAUUUCGGAGAGAUUGGCGCCAACAUAAAGUCACUGGUGGAGACGUAUCAAUCCAAGAACAAACACCGAGAGAAACUGGAGUCCAUCGCUGACAUGAAGGCGUUCAUAGAGAACUACCCGGAGUUCAAGAAGCUGUCUGGAGCAGUGUCGAAACACGUGGCCGUGGUGGGCGAAUUGUCUCGUAUCGUCUCCGAGCACAGCCUGAUGGGCGUGUCCGAGUGCGAGCAGGACAUUGUAACCAGUAGCGACCGCAACGUCGUUCAGACGCUGGAAGAGCUAAUGUCGGAUCCAAAAGUGAGACUAAUGGACAGUCUGAGACUCGGUCUCCUCUACUGCCUGAGGUACGAGGGGUCGACGAAAGGUGACCUCACAAAGGUCGAAAGACUCCUCGUUUCUCGCGGACACACCGAGGAGGAUAAGAGGACUAUGAGGGCUCUGCUAGAACACAGUGGUAAGGCAAAGAGAGGCCUGGAGCUGUUCGAGUCACAAGGUACCCUCGCAAGGACCAAGAAAUUCUUCACCAAAGGACUAAAGGGAGUGGAGAAUGUGUACACGAGGCACAAGCCUCUCCUGGUGGACACCCUGGAGCAGCUGGUGAGAGAGAAGCUGAGUGAGACUGACUAUCCCUUACUGCGGGGAGUUCAGACUGGCCGACAAGGAGUUCGAAGGGCCCGUCUCCAAGAUGUGAUAGUGUUCAUAGUGGGCGGGGCCACGUAUGCAGAGGCUCUGGCGGUUGCCAAUGCCAACAGGAGUAUGCCAGGAGUGAGGAUAGUCCUGGGAGGAUCUACCAUCCACAAUACUCAGAGCUUCCUGGAUGAGGUCCGGAGCAGUACCCACACCUUCAGCAGAGGAGGAAGAACACUCGCAUAGACUCCGCCCACCAGCCACACCCACUUAUUGCUAGAAAUACUGACCCUCUGUGUUCUUUUGUACAAUUAACAACAAAUUAUGAUGCAACGGUCAAAAUAGUUAGGUAGAUCCCUUACACGUUUGGUAUACUGAAUAAUCGGUGAAAAAGUUGAGAAAGUGACACGCUAUAAGUUUAUGCAUUCAGGUCACAUAGUUCACCAUCCCCUCUCUCUACUCCCCUCUCUCCCUCAUUGUUCUCCUCUUCAUCCUCAUGUUUCUGAUCCCCAUCCCUCUCUUCAACUCGUUCCUCCUGAACUUUGACCUUCCUCCGUUGUCCAGGAGGAAUCGCAGACAGGAAAUCCAGAACUGCUUUCACUUCAGCUUUAGAGCUCUUUUCACAUGCCCUCACCUGUAUCUCUGUGUGAGAGAAGUCAAAGAAGACCUUCACCUCUCUGUCCCUCGUCGUCCUCCCCACCUCUGGCAGCUCCAGGACCAGCUCUCCUAUCUGAACCACCCCCUCGUCUCUCGUGUACCACAACUCCUCCGCUUUCUUCACGGAACUGAACACCUCAAAGUGCAUUCUCUUCUGGUCCAGAGAGAGAGGUCUGCUGACUGCCAUGUACAGACAGUCUGGUCUGAUGCUCUCUCCUCUCCCCACAAUCGUCUGAAACAAGUUGUGGCAGUGGUCCCCCUGUCGAUAUCUCGGGUCGUGGAAACUCUCAAAAUGCCUAACGACGCUCUUUCCGUACGUGGCAUCCGCCUUACGCGAGCGGACGAUCCCGGGAUUGGCUCGGAACAGCACAGCUCCCUCCACGAUGGCAAACUCUGGGUUAGGAGGAACGAUUAUCCCCCUACCCUCUCCGUAUCGCUCCGUGAACAACUCGUAGAUGUAGUGACAACCUCCAAAUCCCCCGACCAAGUAGAUGGUGUUGAUCUCGACUCCCGUGUUUGAUAGCGUUGCUAGGAGACCAUCUAUGCACUCUGUUAUCCCGUCCACUGCCGGCUGAAGAAACUGCUCCAUUUUGGAUGGCGGAAUGCGCAGAAUGCUGUCCCUGAGUGUCACUAUUUCGUUCUCGCGGCCUUCCAUCCGCAGCUCCUUCGUUUUAGCCUCCAGCGAUGCCACUAAGGCUUCUCCGUAUUCUUGUAGAAAACUGUCUGGCAGUUUUACGAAAACCUCUUCUCUCUCGUCUCGCGGAGAUCGACAAUAAGCCUUUUUCACCCUCUCGAACGUGACGUUCAUCAAUUCGUCGACGUCAAACCGGUUUAGGAUUUUAGCAUCUGCAUCGUUGACUUGAAGGUAGCGAGAAAAUCUGCGAUCGCCGACCAAUUUUUGCAGGAAUUCCGAGAAUUUUAAGUUUACUUGUAGUCCGCCCCAAUCGUUCCCGUCGGGGUGGUGGAGUUCCUCGACGCUGAGGGUGGGCGUGGUCGAUACUCUGUGGGCGGAGACAUCGACGGUACCACCCCCAAUGUCGACAAUGAGGUAGGAGUAAGAGGUGGGAGUUGAGGGGGUGGAGUUUGGGUGUGGGGUGGGGUAAGCCACCUGGCCUCGUUUCCUCAUCUCGUGGCAGUAGAUGGCGCCAGACUCGGGUUCCAGAGCUAGCGACAGCCGGUCUGGAUUCUCCUCUGAACACAGACCAGCCAUUACGGAAGCUAAUCUCAUCAUCUGUUUGCCACUGGCGAGCCAUAUUGCCGGGACGGUCACCACCCAGUCGAAGUCCUCGGCAGUGAAAUUGUAGCCGGCCUUUCUGAGGUGGUUGUCAAUCAAUUCUCUCUUCAGGUAGCCCAGGAUCUGUGCUAUCACCUCCACAAGUCGGAGAUGUUUGCCAUUCAGUGCUCGCACGGGCACAUCUCGACUCACAUGCUUGUCUCUUUGGAGGUCGACUUUUAUACCGUCGAAAUAGUAGGCGUUUUCUCUCGCACGGACGUCAAGAUGAGAAUAGCGCUCCCUUGCGUCGUAGCCGAACUUCACGACCCGUUUGUCUCCGUCCAGGAGGACGGCCGUCGGCACGCGGGUGUGCGUUCCGUUGAGACGCAACUUGUUGAGGCCGCCCAACCCCAAACCCGUGUCUCCCCCCGUCACGUAGGCGAGGGAGCAGUUCUUGGUGCCGAAGUCGAUGGCCGCUAUGUUCCCCGAGGCACGGCGAAAACCUGCGCCUCUCUUCAGAGGUACAAUUUUGGCUCUGUCGACCUUGUUGGGCGUCCGAGAAGCCGCCAUUUUUC